GUUGUGCAAUACGACUUUUACCAUUUACGGUAAUAAUGUUCAUUUUGCUUGCAAGUUUAUUUUAUUUCUUUACGUAUUUUUUCCAUUUUGAAUCUGCUUUUUUUUGUGAAAAUGGGUUAAGCCGCUUUUCAUUCACGUAGUUGUAAUUGUAACUAUUUGGGCAUUUCAUGUUUCCCACUUUGUGCUUUUUGCCCCUUCGCCUUCGCCUUCCCCUUCCCGCUUCUUCUUUUCUGUUCCCUCCUUGCCCCUCUUUCAGCUCUUACAAAAGAGUACAUACAAUUUUGUGCGUAGCUAAUCCAUUUUGCCCGCUUUUUUUUUUUUUUUGCAAAAUUGUAUUUUUUUAAAUUUUAAUUUUAAUUUUAAGUUUAUUCUCAAUUUUAAUUAAUUCUUGUGCCCUCGAUUAUGAUGCUUGCCUUGUGAUAUUUAAGGGAAAAAAAAAAGAAAAGAAAGAAAAGAAAAGAUAUGGGUACAUGCACCUCUUCACUAAGAAACAAAACUCGUAAAACAAACCCACCAUCCAGCAGAACAUUCAAAGACAGAAAGAACACAAGAAGGAGACUCUCCAUCAGCACAAAGGGAGAACUGCCAAAUGACACGGACGAAAUAAAGAGAAGCAUUCAAGAGCUGAAGGACAAUGAAGAUAGGUUUAAAGAAUCAUCGGAAAAUGAUUCGCAUACAAAAGUGGAAAUAACCCCAGUGAAGGAAGAAGAGGGAAAAAAAUGUGAAGAGAUAAAAAAAAAAAUAAAAAAUAGAUCGUCCGUAGCAGGAGUGAGAGCAUCCCAUUUUCAAGAAGAUUUCGAAAAGAAGUGUGUAAAAAUUAAAGGUGAAGUUGACAAAUUAAAUGAAAAUGGAAUAGGCUACGUAUGCAGAAAAGGGUUAAAGCCGGAAAGCCCUAAUCAGGAUGAUUUUACAAUUAUCACGACGGAGAACUUAGCUCUUUAUGCCAUUUUUGAUGGCCAUGGGCCAUAUGGACAUGAUGUGUCCAAUUAUGUGCAAAAGGAAUUACCCUACAUGAUUAUAAAGAACGAAAAUUUUUUAAAAAAUCCGAAAGAGGUCUUCACGAAUGCCUUCCUAAGUAUUCAUGCCAACAUAGAAAAAACGACCAAUGCAUAUUUGGAAGAGUUUGCCAACAAACACAAGGGAAACAGCAAAGGUGGGAACAGCAAAAGGCUCCCAUUGAACAAGCAGAGGAACAGCUCCGUCGUAAGUACUCACUUCGAUUUAAAUAUGAAACAGCUGGGCAACUCGGAUGACGAAGAGGAGGAAGACGACGAUGAUGACGACGAUGAUGACGACGAUGAUGACGACGAUGAUGAUAACAAUCUUAGCGAAAACUCCAAUUCAGGCGACAAAGACAGGUAUGGCCACACCGAUAGUGACAGCAACAGUGAUAGUGACCACCACAACGAUAGUGAUGAUAAUGAGGGUGCGAAGAAUUCCCAUUUGAAGGUGAAAAAAAGCGAAUCCAAGAAACGCGCGAACGAGAAGGAUAGCACCAAAAGGGAGAAGGGACAAACAUUAAACAAAAAAAAGAAAAAAAAAAAGAAAAAAAAAGAAGCCUAUUUUGAUAGCACAAUGAGUGGAACCACGGCAACAAUAAUAGUCCAUCUUUUUCAGGAAAAGAAAUUAUACGUGGCUUAUGUGGGGGAUUCUAGGGCCGUACUGGGCAGGAGGAAAAAAGGAUUUCCAAAUGUGCUGGAGGCCUUCGAUCUGACGAAAGAUCAUAAACCCAAUUCCGCGGCUGAGAAGAAAAGAAUUAUAAAUUCCGGUGGCCAAGUAUUGAAGCUCGAGGGGGACAUACCCUACCGCGUUUUUUUAAAAAAUAAGUUUUACCCGGGCUUGGCCAUGUCAAGAGCCAUUGGAGACACGAUCGGCCACCAGAUAGGUAUAAUUUCCGAGCCCGAUUUCAUGGAAAUUAACAUUAACGAAGAUGAAGACAUCCUCGUUUUGAUAUGCAGUGACGGAGUGUGGGAAUUCAUUUCUUCGGAGGAGGCCAUUAACCUGAUCUACGAAUUUGGAUACGACAAUGUUCAAGACGCAGUGGAGAACUUAGCCAAGGAAUCCUGGGACCGCUGGCUAAACGAAGAGGAAAACAUUGUGGAUGACAUAACCAUACAAGCUAUAUAUUUAUCAGAAAAAUGCAAAAAAAAAAAAAAUAAAAAAUAA